CCGGAGCGGUUGGAAUUUGAAUCUCCGGCGGGCUGCGGCCGGAAGUGUAGAUCCCUCGCUCGGCAUGGAGAGCCCGGGACCCGGCGCACGGUGCCCAGUGCAAGACCAGCGAGCCCGCUGGGAGCGGAAACGCGCCUGCACCGCCCGGGAGCUGCUGGAGACUGAGCGGCGCUACCAGGAACAGCUGGGGCUGGUGGCCACGUACUUCUUGGGGAUCCUGAAAGCCAAGGGGACCCUGCGACCACCAGAGCGCCAGGCCCUAUUCGGGUCCUGGGAGCUCAUCUACGGCGCUAGCCAAGAGCUGCUUCCCUACCUGGAGGGAGGAUACUGGGGCCAAGGGCUGGAAGGCUUCUGCCGCCACCUGGAGCUCUACACCCAAUUUGCUGCCAACACAGAGAGGUCCCAGACCACCCUGAAGGAGCAGCUAAAGAAAAACAAAUGUUUCCGGAGGUUCGUUCGGCUUCAGGAAGGCCGCCCUGAGUUUGGGGGCCUUCAGCUCCAGGACCUGCUCUCUCUGCCUCUUCAGCGGCUCCAGCAGUAUGAGAAUCUCGUCGUUGCUUUGGCUGAAAACACAGGUCCCAACAGCCCUGACCACAAACAGCUCACACGGGCUGCCCGGCUGGUAAGUGAGACUGCCCAGAGAGUCCACAGCAUUGGUCGGAAACAGAAGAAUGACCAGCACCUCCGGCGUGUCCAGGCUCUGCUCAGUGGACGCCAGGCAAAGGGGCUUACCUCAGGGCGCUGGUUCCUACGCCAGGGCUGGCUGCUGGUUGUGCCUCCCCGUGGGGAGCCUCGGCCACGCAUGUUCUUCCUCUUCUCUGAUGCGCUCCUCAUGGCCAAGCCUCGACCUCCAUUGCACCUGCUGCAGAGUGGCAGAUUUUCCUGCAGGGCCCUCUACCCCAUGGCCCAAUGUCAACUCCAAAGGGUAUUUGGCCACUCAGGAGGCUCUUGUGGUGGACUGCUCAGUCUGUCCUUCCCUUACGAGAAGCUACUGCUCAUGUCCACAGAUCAAGAGGAGUUGUCAUGCUGGUACAACAGUCUGACUUUGGCUAUCAACAGCCAGAAGAACUAGAGGAAUCUUACAAAUUCCAGAACUCAGGAUACUUCAGGAAUAGGUCAGAGCCAGGAGUACAAAGGAAUCUUCUUCAGUACUAAACAAAACACAGAACCCUUCAUGGUUUGACAAGGGUCAUUUUGUGUUUUCCUGGGACCAAGCUACUCUGGGUCAUUUGACCAGCUCCUAUGAAUCAAGACUCAACUGAACCUUCGCUGAACCAGCCCCUGACACAAAUAAGGGGACUUGGGACUGAUAAACUCAGUGCUGUGUCUAUGGCCAAUUAUUUAUCAAGGUUGCAGCUUUGUAAAUUUGGCUAUUUUUAUGUUGUGUUACUAUAGUUUAUUUUUUCACUG